AUGACACAACGAGAAGUCAUAAAGCGUCAGGAAAUAGAAACUACAUCGCUUACAGGAACCACCUCCUUUCCUACCUCACGAGAAGCUAUCACCACGCGAGCAAAUCUAACAGCCUUAAAUGCAAUACAGACGAAUAUUGUACCAAUUCCAGUAGCUGUAAACUCGGCGCCUCCAGUAAUAAUUACUCCAUAUGUAACCGUGACUGUUCCAGUCUUUACAGAUAGGAUAAUAACAACAACACCUUCUGUUUCCAAUACCCCAGAUUCAAGUUCUCCGCAAGCAAUUAUACUUGCAGCAUCUGUUUUGAGUUCAGUUGGAAUAAUAACGAUCUUAGGCAUUAUAGUUUUAUGUUGGUUCAGAAGAGGAGAAAAAAGAAAAUUUGAAAGGGAUGAAGUAUCUCAAAUACAUGAUGAUGAAGUUAUACUAAGAAGAAGUAGAAGGGAUAAUUUUGACGGAUCAGUUGAUCAAAGCGAUGAUUUCGUAACCUAUAGACCAAGAGAUCCUGAUGAUGAACAAUUGCCUAGUUACGCUGAAGCUGUUGUAAGAGGAAGAGCAAGCUUACAAGGACAAUAUUAA